AUGCGCUUCAUUCGUUUCUCUUUAAAUUCGCAUAGAAGUUUCUUUUUUUUCGCUUUGUUGCCCGUGGGAUUGGCCGCUGAGUUAAGACAGUUGACAGUCAAAGUGCUGGCUCAGAAACGGACCGAGUCCCUCUCACGCCUUCUUUCGUCGCUGGAGGCUGCGUCGUACCCGGAGACGGCGAAAAUAGACGUGGAAAUUCACGUUGAUCAAGUGGCUCGAUCGGGGGGCUGGCUUUUUGGUCGGAGCGCCAGUGCGGACGAGCGGAAACAACGGCGGGCCGUGAUUGCGCUGGCGCGGAUUUGGGCGGGAACCCGGUGGGACCGCGGAGAGGCUCGCGUGUUCCCAUCGCGUGAGCAGCGUGGCGUGCGAGGGAUGUGGCUGGCGUGCUCGGAUCCGGGACUCUUUGGCGAGGAGUUCACGCGUGUGGUGAUCCUCGAGGACGAUAUCGAAUUGUCCCCGGCCUGGCGCGUUGCCGGAGCUGCGCAUGUAUGGCGCGUGCACAGGCCUCCGUCUCCCCACCCCCGCAGGUUCGAGUACCUAUCGUCGGCUCACGACGCGUAUGCGACGAGUGGUGACUUUGCGGGUAUCUCACUUCAGC